UAAAAACACAAGUCUUAUUAAGAAAUUUUUAAAACUGCCAGUGUGUGUUUUGGAAUGAUAUGUGUUGUCGAAUUGGUGUUAAUUUAUUGGCCUAUAUUUGAAAAAAGUGGAAUACAACUUGUUUACAUAGUAAUAAAGUGUAUAAAAUCAUUAAAUUUUAACUUCUUAAGAAGAUGGCUGAAGCAACUGAAGGAUCGAGGGGUUUCUACAUCUGAACCCUCUCCAGCAGUUACAACAACCCCAAAGAAGAGAAAAGGGCUUAUUAGCCCGACUAGCAGUUUUGUAGACUUCGUAGAAUUGGAUUCAGAAUAUUUCACCGAAGAAGGGAUGCAGUACGCUCGGUUUUAUAAUCCAUAUAUCAGCAGAAAAAUCAAGAAACCUAUCUCGGAUACUGACACGAUAAUCCACAUGCUCAAGGGGAGUGUAGGUGCGGGCAUUCUUGCAAUGCCCAUAGCUUUUCCAACGCAGGGAUAG